UAUUAUUAUUAUUAUUUUUGAAAAUGGUGUUUAUAUAUGUGUAGAUAUAGUCUUAGGUUUCUGAAUGUUGGAUCUUGGCAGCCAUUAAAGCUAUGGAAGUAGGAGUUGAAGGAAUCAUAGUCUCGAAUCAUGGUGCUCGCCAGCUAGAUUUUGUUCCAGCCGCCAUUGAUGCUCUGGAAGAGGUGGUCCUUGCAGUUAAAGGACGAAUACCAGUGCUGUUUGAUGGAGGAAUAAGGCGAGGAACAGAUGUAUUCAAGGCUUUAGCUCUUGGUGCACAGGCUGUUAUGAUUGGGCGUCCAGUUAUUUAUGGGUUAGCAGCAAAGGGGGAGUAUGGAGUAAGAAGAGUGAUUGAGAUGUUGAAGGAUGAACUUGAGUUGACCAUGGCUCUUUCUGGGUGUCCCACUCUUACUCAUAUUACAAGGAACCAUGUCAAAACAGAGCUUGAUCAUCGCCAUUCUAGACUUUAGUAUAAGAAUAUCAGA